AUGCGCACCUUGGCCAAGUCUGGGCCCAACGUGUCCUGGUGGGCACUGGCCAACGCAUCUGGCUGUCCAGGCUGUGGCACCAAUGCCUCGGACGGCCUGGCUCCUGCGUUGUGGCCCGUGGAUGCCUGGCUCGUGCCGCUCUUCUUUGGUGUGCUGAUGCUGCUCGGCCUGACAGGGAACUUGCUUGUCCUUUUCGUCAUCUGUCGCCACAAGCAGAUGCGCACGGUGACCAACUUCUACAUAGCCAACCUGGCAGCCACAGAUGUGACCUUCCUGCUGUGCUGUGUGCCGUUCACUGCCCUGCUCUACCCUCUGCCUGCCUGGGUGCUGGGUGACUUCAUGUGCAAGUUUGUCAACUACAUUCAGCAGGUCUCGGUGCAGGCCACCUGCGCCACCCUGACUGCCAUGAGCGUGGACCGCUGGUAUGUGACAGUGUUCCCUCUUCGAGCCCUACACCGCCGCACGCCCCGCCUGGCGCUCUUUGUGAACCUGUGCAUCUGGGUGGGCUCCGCAGCCGUGUCGGCUCCGGUGCUCGCCCUGCACCGCCUCUCGCUGGGGCCGCCCACCUACUGCAGCGAGGCCUUUCCCAGCCGCGCUCUCGAGCGUGCCUUUGCGCUCUACAACCUGCUGGCACUCUACCUACUGCCGCUGGUCGCCACCUGUGCCUGCUACGGGGCCAUGCUUCGCCACCUGGGCCGGGCUGCCCUGCUCCCGACGCCUACCGACAGCGCCCUGCAGGGGCAGCUGCUGGCGGAACGAGCGGACGCUGUGCGGGCCAGGGUGUCACGGCUGGUGGCGGCCGUGGUUCUGCUCUUCGCUACCUGCUGGGGCCCCAUCCAGCUGUUCCUGGUGCUGCAGGCGCUGGGCCCGGCUGGCUCCUGGCACCCGCGCAGCUACGCAGCUUACGCGCUCAAGAUCUGGGCGCACUGCAUGUCUUACAGCAACUCAGCCCUGAACCCGUUGCUCUACGCGUUCCUGGGCUCGCAUUUCCGUCAGGCCUUGCGCCGGGUCUGCUCCUGCUCUCCUGCGCGCCCCCAGCGUACCCCGCCGCCGGGACCCUCCGGCCACACCGCCCUCCCCACCUCGAGAACGCUGAAGCCCGGGAGCUGCGAGUUCGGGCCCUGCGGGCUGUGCGCCCUGAGGGAACAUGCUGCCCCUCCCUGA